AGGUGUUCCUUUGAUACCAACACAGCAGUUUGCACUACGAUCUCCACCAGAUUCGACGGCAUCACACAACGUUUCUGACAAAACCACUCGUACGACGUUUUGACGACGCGAUCCUUCAGAAAUCUUCCUUUUUCUGCGACCAAACAAGCUUCCUUGAAUUCAGCUGUUGUAUCUUUUCAGUUACAAUGGACAGAGGAGAUGGACCCCACAACGGUGCUAACCACAAUGCUCCUGACCUCGUUAUGCCAGACUUAGGAGACGGACCCCACGUUGGCCCUAACCAUGCUGGACCGGUACAUAACCCACAGCAGGAAAUACUGCAGGUCAUUGAACAGUAUGGGCGAUUUGACGCUCGAACCAUUCACUGGCUGCGGUACGUCCUCAUCAAUGGACUUGUGAUGGAAGCCAUUGCUUACCUGAGACAAAUUAGAGAUGAACUGGCUUACAAUAAUUAUGAUGACUAUGAGGAAGAAGAUGAGGAAGAUGAAGAAGAUGAAGAAGAUGAAGUUGGUCAACAGUUUGAAAAUGCUCCUGCUGAGCCUCGAGUUCACUUGGAGGUCAACCGUCCCGUGGAAGCAGAAGAUCCCCUGCCUGGAGGAUCCAGGAGGAAUGAACUGCCUGGUGCCAUCUCUGACAGUGACGUCGACAGUGAUGCUGAGGAAGAUGCACCCUCCACCAGCUCAGUGCCUGGAGGAUCAAGGAGGAGGUCAAGAGAGGAAGAUGAAGGAGAUAAGAUGAGCAGGAAACGAUUCAGGUUCUGGAAUGAUGCCGUCUCAGACAGUGACGCUGACAGUGACGCUGACAGCGACGCUGACAGCGAUACAGACGAUGAAGAACCAGUGCGAGCACAUUCUUCUCGCCAACUGUCUGGAGGAACCAGCAAGAGGAGAAGAGAGGAGGAGGAGGAUGAUGACGACGGCAGAGGCAGCAAACAACCCAAACGCCGACGCUAUUAGACUUUAUCUUAAAAUAAAAAUAUAAAAUACAAUAUUUCUCUAUGAAAUGUGGUGAAGUAGAGGUAUGAAAUGUAAAGCAUAAGUUGUAUAUAGUAAAUUUA